AGCAGGGAUUCCAUAGUACUAGCUAGCAAUGGAGGGUGCGUGCCUGUGCUUCCUCAAAUCCGCAUGCCAGUGCCUGGUAAGCCAGGCGGCGUCAACUGCCACCAAUGAGAUGGCCGUGCAAGCUGGGGUGCAAGCGGACGCCAUGAUCCUGGCGGAAGAGCUCGGGGAGAUGCACAAGUUCCUCGCAGAUGUGGAGGAGUAUGACUAUGAGGAGGCCGGUGGAGAGAUGGAACCGAGCGGUGAUGCGGAGGAGGAACGGCGCUGGGUGGACAAAAUCCGGGACAUGGCAUGCGACAUCGAAGACUGCCUCCUGCAGCUCGCCCCUCACCGGGAGAGUCCGUCCUUGUGGAGGGUACGGUGGGCCUCUCUAGCGCCGCGGCACAGUAUCGCCGCCGAGCUCAAGGACUUGGUGUCCCAAGUGAAGCGCGUGAGCGAGAUAAGGGAGCGCUAUCAACGCGCCCGCGACAGGGCGAUGGCAGCCGGCGGGAAGGCCACUUCUCUCAUCGACCUAGUCUAUGAUGACGCCAAGAUGUUCCAGUGCCGCGCAUGGGUCACGGCGACUCACCCCAUGAGCCUCACCGAGUUUCUCCGAGGCUUGGCGAGGCAGCUCCAGGCAAAUGAAAAUGAUUGCCCGCCGCCGGUGUCGCAGAGCACACUCAGGUUCCUAGGGGAUACUGAGAGGAUGGGGACAGAGGAGCUGAUGACGGUGGUAGCACACCACCUUAGCGCGAAGCGGUACCUGGUCGUCGUCGAAGACGUAUGCACAAGGCCCACGUGGGACUGGAUCAAAGUCUUCUUCCCGGAUCACAGGAAUGGCAGCCGGAUUAUAGCUACAUCUCAGAGAGCUGAUGUGGCAAGGCAUUGCGCUCGGCGACCAAGAAGAUCGUUCGCUCUUGAAGGAGUUAAACAAGAUGAUGCACGGCUUUACGUCUCUUCCGACAAGGUGUGGAAAAAAGAAAAAGAAACAAGAAAUAAGCCCCAAAGCGAUCAGGUGAACGAUCGACAAACUACAACUGAGACCAUAUCCGCAUCAACCAUUGACACCACAUGGAUGACAAGGAUCUUCAACAGCAACGCCUUCAGGAAGGAAGCGACACUCAAGCGACGCCGUCACCGGAUCGAACCACAAAGGCAGUAUCAAAGUUUUCACUCUGAAGAAUCAGUCCGAACAUAUCCGAGCAAUGCCUCCAACAAGGCUGCCACUAGUGAAUCGAAUGUUGUUAUAAAAAUAGAUCCAUACUCGCAGUUUGUUGGUAGGAGGGAGGAAGUUGCUGAUUUAACCAAACGGAUAUUAGAGGACGGUCCUGACUGCUGCCCAAUCUCAGUGUACGGGCCUAGUGGUAUUGGAAAGAGCCUCCUCAUGAGGAAAGUUGUCUACGAUGGCCAAGGGAUAUCUAGGAGGUUCGAAAGGCUAGCGUGGAUCACGUUGGUGCAUCCCUUCAACCAGGAGGAGUUCCAGCAAAGCAUAAUUUCACAAUUCCAGGCAUGCUCCCCGGGAUGGAGGAAAGAAUCUGGGAGUCAUAUCGAGGACAUGGCUGGUGACAAGUUGGCGACUAAGAUGUUUCAGCUCAUGAAAGUAGGGAGAUCUCUGGUAAUCCUCGAUGGGCUGUCAGAAGAAGAAGAAUGGGAUCAGGUGAAGUCGUGCUUAUGGAGUUCUGAUGGAAUUAAAGAUAACUGCACUAUCGUGGUUACUACUACAAAUCCUGCAGUUGCUCAUCAUUGUUCAGGGAAUAGGAACUCUCCAUACAAGUUGAACCCUCUUGACAGCGCUGCAGUUCGUCAGUUGUUCUACCAUAAGGUAUUCAAGCGUGAUGGGCUAAUUGAGUUGCAUGAACAAAUGGAUUAUCUUGCUAAUCGCAUCAUAGAAAAAUGCGUUGGGGACCUUCGUGCAAUCAUUAUCAUAAGUGGACUUCUAGGCACCAAAGCACGAACAUUAGCAGCAUGGGAGAGGGUGCGGAAACGUUAUGACUUGGAGUUAGAAAACAACCCUGGCCUUGGGGUGGCUAAUGCAGCAGGAAAAUUGAGCUAUGAUGAUUUACCAUCCCAUAUGAAAUAUUUGCUACAAUAUCUUAGCAUUUUCCCCAGAGGCUACAACCUAAUGCGCAGAAGAUUGGCAACUGCAUGGGUAGCAGAAAUCUACAACAUGCAUGAAAGAGGAAAUAAUGCUGAGGAACUUGAGAAGAUCUUUGAUGGCCUGAUUACCAGGGGUAUGAUUCAUCCAUUGAAACGAGUAGAGAUAACUGGCGGAAGAGUAAAUGGCUGCCAUGUUGGUGAUGUGUUUCAACAACUCGGUGAUUUCAAAGCAAAAACGGGGGAUUGGUUCCACAUCCUUGAUGAUCACAGUGUGAAUAGGAACCCUGCAAUCUCCCAACCCAGACACCUAGUUAUUAAAAGUGGGUGGAUAAGACAUGAGGAUGAGUUCAAGAAAAUAGACCACUCUUGUGCUCGGUCACUAACAGUUUUUGGGGAGUGGAGUUCUUUUUUCAUUUCACCAAGCAUGAGGUUGCUAAGAGUGCUUGAUUUGGAAGACACUACAGGUCUAGUGGAGCAUGAUGACCUUGAGAAAAUUGGGGAAUUCCAGCAUCUCAAGUAUCUAGGUCUCAGGAACACAGGCAUUACCCGUCUACCGAACUCCUUGGGCAAGUUGCAAUGCCUUGAGGUAUUAGAUAUCCGUGGCACUUACAUCGCCAAGCUGCCAUCUACUGUCAUCCAUCUCGCUAGGCUGUGCCAUCUCCGUGGUGGUACAAUGGCUGCAUCAAUGGAAGACAAUGCUCAGCGAGAUUUUACUGGUGGAGUGACCAGAUGUUGUCCUCAGUCUCUCCAGAAUGCCACUUUAUCUGCUUUCUGCAAAUGUUUGCUCCCUACGUUUCAGAGGAAGAAACCACAUGGUGUGCAUGCCCCGAAGAACAUAGGGAAACUGAAGUUCAUUAUUACACUAGGGACCAUUGAUGUUGCAGGCAGUCGAAGUGUUAUGAAGGAGAUACAGAAGCUGACACAGUUACAGAGAUUAGGUUUCACCGGCGUUACAUAUCGCAACAGCAAGCAUCUGUGCUCUAUUCUUGAGCGUCUCCAGAAUCUGCGGUCAUUGAUGGUUCACUCUGGAGAUUCACUCGGCGGAUUAGAUAUUGUUUCCUCACCCCCACGCCAUCUUGAAACACUGAAACUAUAUGGCACUCUUGGUACGCUCCCAAGGUGGAUCAAGACCCUUCAUAAUCUCCAAAAGCUAUGCCUGCGCACAACACUCCUGGGCCAUGAUGCUGUACAGAUCAUCGCUAAGCUACCCAAGUUGAUCAUGCUACACCUCUUGGCUAAAUCAAUUGUGGUGGAGGAGAUGGAAUUUCAAAGCGAUGCGUUUCCAAAACUUGAGCUGCUCCAACUUGACCGGUUAGAAAAUCUCGUGUCGGUAUCAUUUCCAGGAGGAGCACUGCCAAACCUAGAGGUACUGCAAGUCGAUAACUGCAACCUUUUAAGAGGGCCUGUCCUGCGUCAAUUUCACAAGCUCCCGAAAAUUAAAAAGAUCUUGCUGGAUGGCUGCAUGGUGUUCAAGAAACAAGAGGAGAGAAAACUUAGGAAUGCUUUUAUGUUAGUUCAAACUGUCCUGCGAUGGUAUGGGAAGGCAAGAAAAGGCACUUCACAGUAG